GCAGUCCAGCGAUGAGAGACUGUGGACCUGUGGAGAGAGCGCACGGUGCCUUAUAUACCGACUAUAUUUGGGAACUCUGAACGCGGUUUCCUCCGCACACACAAUUGGUCCAGAAGAAGUAUUUAUUAGGUAGGAGGCGCUCCUGCCAGACUCACUUUGUUCAUGACUCUGGAAGUCCACUCGAGGGAAAAGCGCAGCGCAGUUUGACAUCUGAUCGGGAGCAAGUGCAACAGUACAGAAGAAAAUUACAACGCAGCACGCAUCUUGGAAAUGGCUUUACCUUGCCUUUUGCCUUCGAUUUCAACGUUUGCAAACCAGAAGGAGAAACUUUGGGAGGAUAGGUGGAAAUGUGAGGAGGACAAACCACUGAGUGGCGGCUGCCCUCCGCUCAACGUGGCACAGCACAUGGACUCUUGUCGUGGCCGCAAGGAUGACGAGGAUCUGAGUAAUUAUUUGGACCUGGAGUUUAUCCUGGCCAACACGACAGGACCUCUAGAGGCGGGAGCCGAGUUCGUCUCACACGCGGAGCCCUGCGGCAUGUACUCGACGGGAGCGUAUGUGCCUCCGGAGCAAUGCACCGCACCUCCUCCGCCGUACUCCAACAGCCUCAUGGCUGAGCUUCUGAGAUCCGACAUGGACAACUCCUACGACGGCACCAUUCAGGGAAGAUUCAUCGUCAACUCGUUCCCUAGACAGGACUUUGUUGAUAUCAAAGUCGAGCCACCAAUGGACGGUUACGGGCCGGUGAUGGGCAUGGUGCCGCAGAGCUGCCAAAAAAUCAAACAAGAGGGCAACGUUUCAUGCAUGAUGUCUUUCGAGCAACCCAGACUGGCCGUUUCUCCGCAGGCCACGGGGAAUAUGACGCCUCCGUUGAGUCCGGAUGACUCCCACCUGCGCCAGACCGCGUUUCCGCAGGCUUUCCAUCACUCGCCUCCGGCUUACGCUCAAAUGCAGAUCCCGUACACGGCGCCUCACCAGUUUGGCAUGUUCGAGGACGCUAUGGGCAUGCAACCCAACAUGCAAAGGGCUCUUCUGACUCCUCCAUCCUCCCCGCUGGAUCUUAUGGAGUCCAAACCCAAGCGAGGGCGACGCACCUGGCCGAGGAAGCGCACAGCGACGCACACCUGCACCUACGCCGGCUGCGGCAAGACGUACACCAAGAGCUCGCAUUUGAAGGCGCAUCACCGAACCCACACCGGUGAGAAACCCUACCACUGCAACUGGGAGGGAUGCGGAUGGAAAUUCGCCCGCUCCGACGAGCUGACGCGUCAUUUCCGCAAACACACCGGCCACCGGCCGUUCCAGUGCCACCUGUGCGAACGCGCAUUCUCCCGCUCCGACCACCUGGCGCUGCAUAUGAAGAGACACCUGUGAGGACUGGAUCCACAACCACAUAACUGCCUUAUUUAAUGACUUCAAGCAUAUUGUUGAUUAAGAAAUAUAUCAUCAUGCACUCUUAAAAAUAAAGGUUCCAAAAGAACCGUUUUUGGUUCCCAAAGAACCUUUCAGUUUCCUAAAAUAACAUCUAAAGAACAUUCACUGUUUCUGGAACCUUUCAGUGAUCAGUUCUUAAAAGAACUUUUUAAUAAUCUGAAGAACCUUUUGUGCAGUUGAAAGAUUCCAUGGAUAUUAAAGGUUAUUAUGAAGCCAUUGAUUCCAAUAAAGAACCUUUAAUAAGUUGAAAAUAAAGGUACCAUUUAGUUCCCAAAGAAGCAUUCAGUGAAAGAACUGUUUGAAGGAUGUAUAAAGAUCCUUGAAAAGGCUCCACUGAUGUUGAAAGUUCUUUAUGGAACUGUUGAUGCCAAAAAUAAGAACCUUUAUUUUUAAGAGUGUACUUUUGUAACAAGUAGCUGGUACUACAUAGAUUGAGCUCUUUUUAAAGCCUUUUAUGGGUAAUAUGUGUCCUGAAGGGCUGGUCCUAUGAAUCUGUGUCCGAUCGGGAGACAGCAUGUAUGUUUAACGGUGCCUUUCCGAAGCCACGAAGAGUGCGAAGCCUGACGACUAGCAAACCUCCAGUUUUCUGAUGUAAAAGUGUAAAAUGCACGACGACAAUGUUUUGCUCUUGAAACUGCCUUGCUACUAUGCAACAAAACAGAGCUGUGUGUUCAAAUGUGUUUGCAUUUCUCUCCAAACGUCUUGUAUCUUGAUGCACAUUGAGUGGUCAGUGCCUCGUCGCACCAUAUGCUCUAGGGCUUGAGGUCCUGGGUUUUUAUAAGAUUGUGUACAUACAUUUUAUACUGUAAGUAUUGUAUUUAUUGUAAAUAUUAAACUAAAUUUGAAUAUA